AUGAUCCUGGCAGAAGUGCAAAGGGUGACCAGCAUUCUCCAAGAUGAGCUGAAGAGAUCAAAGCGGUCGGCAUCCAAAACGGCAAUAUUGGAAGAGGCCUGGAUGAUCACGUUUGUGCUUUGCGGUAUGCGAUGCUCUGGGUUACUGGCAAAACUUCAAACUGACAAAGAAACAAUCUCUGCAUUGGCAAACGCACUAUCUCGUAUUCUGGUCAAAGAUGUGGAAGAUCUCCUCAUCUUGGUCCACGUUCCUAGCCAGCAAACAUUCAUUGCAAAUCGGGAACUUCUAGCCAAACAACUCAAGAGAAGCAAAGUAGAGCACGAUCAUGCUUUCUUGGCUGUUGAUCAAUUAGAUGCCGAUGCAGAAGCACAUAUCACAGCACCUUCAAGCUUGAAGAUGAUGCUGGAAGAGAUUGAAAAUGACAUAGAAAGGAAAGGUCGGACGAGCGUGCAAAUCAUUUCCCUCACACUCUUGAAUCCCACCAAAAGUUCUGCGGGUGCCAAGACUGGAGUUGCAUUGGCAGGAUGGCUGCUCGAAUACCCUCUCGUAUAUCACUUCCGGCAAAGUGAGAAUGUCCAGCUCCAAGCUACCCCGCAUUCGAUAAGCAGCAUUGGAGAUCUUUUCUCGAACUCUUUGGAUGAUUGGGAUGGGUCUAGCGACAUGCAGACGAACAAUCUAGCAGGAAAAGAUUUGACUGUAUUCUACGUGAAUCUUUCGAUCAAGUCCGAAUUAGAGAUUGUGCAGAAUAUUUUGCAGUUCACUAUUCCGGUUUCCGUUCUUCACCCUACCGCAGAAGCGAUUGGAAUACUUCCUGGCAGCAUCGAGGAAAUCAAACAGCAUUUGACUAAGCUCUUUCAAGAUCGAAUACAGGGUCAAAAGAGCGAUCAAUUGUCUAUACGUGUGGAUACUAAACAGAUUAGGAUGGAUCGGGUUGCGAUAUAA